AAUGGUUAAAGUGGUUUGAGACGCGAAAAUAAACGCAUGCGCUGCCCUAUUGCGCGGAUGAAUUUUAUGUUGAUAAUUUUUUUAUUUUUGUUGUUGUUUUGUGUUUUAAAUUGAGAAGAGUUUGAGUGUGUAAUUGUUUAUAAUUUUUAAUAAUAAACAAAAACAACAGUUUAGCAGCGGUGCACUAACAAUAAGGGUGUGCGUUUGUGUGAGAUUCUCAAUUCAAAGAAAAAAAAUAUGUGAAUGAGAGAAGUGGUUGACAAAAUAUCCUUUCGAAUAAAUUUUUUAAAUAAUAAACCACACACACAAAUUGGAAUAAAUCGAGUGCAGUUAUAAAAAAAAUUCCUUCCCAGUGACAAAAUAACAAAAAAGAAACAGGAUAAAUUGUAUUUCUCUCUCCAUUGAGUGGUCGUUCGGGGUAAAAUAAAAUAAAAACGAUCUCUUUUCGGGAUUUUUUUUUUAAAUGUCGUCCGUCUGUGUGUAGUAGAUUUUUCCCCUCGUUUUAAUUUGUUGAAUUAACAAAUAUUAAAUCAAAUGUAUUUGUCUGUGGUUAAAUUAUCUGUUUUCGUACUUAAAUGUGAAUGUUUUACUACAAAAAGAAAAUAAAACAACGAGGAGUUAAAGAAAACUCUCAGAGAGCGCGCGGAAGUGAUCCAACGACAAUUCAACAUAAAAACUCUGGAUUUGGAUUACAAUGUGGUUACUGGCCGGCAAUACAGCAAAAUCGGAUACAUUUUGGAUUAAAUUUAUUUUAUUUAUAUUUUUCUUUAUUGGGAUUAUUUGUAGGGUUGAAGGUAUUGUGUCAUGCUUUCCUUCGCCUUGCAAAAACGGUGCCACCUGCGUUCAACAACUAAACGGACCACCAUACUGCAAUUGCUCAACACGAUACGUAGGUGAUUUUUGUGAAUAUGCAAAUCCCUGCCACACAGGAAGAUGCCAAAAUGGUGGCACCUGCAAGGUUACAUUUCGCGAUGGAACACCGCGAUUUGCAUGUCACUGUCCCAUCGGAUUCACGGAAUCUUUGUGUGAGAUACCGGUGCCGAAUGCAUGUGAUUCGUCGCCGUGCCUCAACAGCGGCACAUGCAACCUAAAAACACUGACAGAAUACACGUGCUCGUGCUCCAAUGGCUAUACAGGCAAAUUAUGCGAAAAACAAAACCUUUGUGCAUCAUCACCUUGUAGAAAUGGAGGAACUUGCAGUUCACUUCCGGGUGGAAAUUUCAAAUGCAGUUGCCCGAAAGGAUUCAAAGGUUUGGUGUGUUCCGAAGAUGUCGAGGAGUGUCAAACGAAUCCCUGCAAACAUGGCGGUAGCUGUGUCAACACACAUGGAUCAUAUCAAUGUAUGUGCGCGCCAGGAUAUACGGGAAAAAAUUGCGAAUCGAAGUACAUUCCUUGCUCACCGUCACCAUGCCAAAAUGGUGGAACGUGUCGUCAGUCAAGCGGACUCAACUACGAGUGCAAGUGUCCAGUUGGAUUUCGUGGCAAGAAUUGCGAGGAAAAUAUCGAUGACUGCCCAGGAAAUCUUUGUCAAAACGGAGGAACUUGCAUUGAUAAAAUUGAUUCGUAUCGAUGCAAGUGUCCACCAAACUAUACUGGCGAAUUGUGUGAAGCUGAUGUUGAUGAAUGUGCUUUACGACCAUCAGUUUGUCAAAACGGUGCCACAUGCACAAACACAAUCGGUAGCUACUCAUGCAUAUGUGUAAAUGGCUGGGAAGGACCGGAUUGUUCUCAAAAUCACGAUGACUGUGCCGUAGCAGCUUGUUUUUAUGGUGCCACAUGCAUUGAUGGUGUUGGCAGUUUUCACUGUCGAUGUCCACCUGGUAAAACAGGACUUUUGUGUCAUCUCGACGAUACUUGCACAUCGAACCCGUGCCACCCAGAUGCAAUCUGUGACACAAGUCCUAUAAAUGGUUCAUUUGCAUGUUCUUGUGCAUCGGGUUUCAAAGGUAUAGACUGCUCCGAGGAUAUUGACGAAUGUAAUCAAGGUUCACCAUGUGAACAUAAUGGAAAUUGUGUCAAUACACCAGGCUCUUUUGUAUGCAACUGUACACAAGGCUUCACAGGGCCACGUUGCGAAACCAACAUCAAUGAAUGUGAAUCUCACCCGUGCCAGAACGAAGGAAGUUGCUUAGAUGAUCCUGGUACUUUUCGAUGUGUUUGUAUGCCUGGCUUUACCGGCACUCAAUGUGAAAUCGACAUUGAUGAAUGCCAAUCGAAUCCUUGUCUGAACGAAGGAACAUGUCGUGAUAUGAUAAAUGGCUUCAAAUGUACAUGUGCCUUGGGAUUCACCGGAUCACGCUGUCAGAUCAACAUCGAUGACUGCCACUCGCAACCGUGUCGCAACAAAGGCAUUUGUCAUGAUUCCAUAGCUGGAUACACUUGUGAAUGCCCACCAGGUUAUACUGGACUGUCGUGUGAAAUUAACAUCAACGAUUGCCAAUCGAAUCCAUGCCACAGAGGCAAAUGUAUUGAUGGCGAUAAUUCAUUCAGUUGCCAGUGCGAUUCGGGUUUUACUGGUUAUCUAUGUCAAACGCAAAUAGAUGAAUGUGAAUCGAAUCCUUGUCAAUUCGGUGGGCGUUGUGAAGAUCGGGUGGGAACAUAUGCGUGUCAUUGCUUGCCAGGAACUUCUGGCCAGAAUUGUGAAAUCAAUGUCAACGAAUGCCAUAGCAAUCCGUGUAAUAAUGGUGCAACAUGUAUCGAUGGAAUAAACAAGUACACUUGCAAGUGUGUUCCCGGCUAUACUGGUAUUCAUUGCGAAGUCAAUAUCAAUGAAUGUGCUUCCAAUCCAUGUGCCAAUGGGGGCGUUUGUAUGGAUCUUGUUAAUGGGUUCAAGUGCGAAUGCCCACGUGGGUACUUUGAUGCUCGAUGUUUGAGCGAUGUUGACGAAUGUGCUUCGAAUCCUUGUAUUAAUGGUGGUCGUUGUGAAGAUGGGGUUAAUCAGUUUAUUUGUCAUUGUCUGCCUGGUUAUGGUGGAAAACGCUGCGAAUUGGAUAUUGACGAAUGUGGCUCGAAUCCUUGCCAACACGGUGGAAUUUGUCGAGAUGCUCUUAACUCGUAUAGCUGUCAAUGCAUGCCAGGCUAUACAGGCCGGAGUUGUGAGACAAAUAUCGAUGAUUGUAUCAACAAUCCAUGUGCUAACGGAGGGACAUGCAUUGAUCUUGUCAAAGGGUACAAGUGCGUUUGCAAAGUGCCAUUUACCGGGCGAGAUUGUGAGUCUAAGUUGGACCCAUGUUCGACAAAUCGCUGUCGAAAUGAUGCUAUUUGCACACCAAGUUCGAAUUUCUUGGACUUUUCAUGUCAAUGCAUUCAAGCCUACACUGGACGCUAUUGUGACGAAGAUAUCAAUGAAUGCCAGUUAUCAUCGCCAUGUCGAAAUGGAGCUACUUGUCUUAAUGUUCCUGGUUCGUAUAAGUGUUUGUGUGCCAAGGGCUAUGAAGGCCGAGACUGUACUGUCAAUACAGACGAUUGUGCCUCGUUUCCUUGUCAGAAUGGCGGAACUUGUCUCGAUGGAAUCGGUGACUAUACUUGUUUGUGUGUGGACGGCUUUGAGGGUAAACAUUGUGAGGUUGAUAUCAACGAAUGUUUAAGCAUGCCGUGCCAAAAUGGAGCAACCUGUAACCAAUAUGUUAACUCCUACACCUGUACCUGCAGACUAGGCUUCUCGGGAAUAGAUUGCCAGACAAACGAUGAGGACUGUACUGAGAGUUCAUGUAUGAAUGGUGGAACCUGCCUUGACGGCAUAAACAGCUACAAUUGCUCGUGUCUUCCAGGAUUUACUGGUUCGAAUUGUCAAUAUAAAAUCAACAAAUGUGACUCUAUGCCAUGUUUGAAUGGUGCAACAUGUCAUGAGAAUGGGAAUGAGUAUACUUGUCACUGUUCGUAUGGCUACACUGGCAAACAGUGUACCGACUAUGUGGACUGGUGUGGGCAGAACUCUUGUGAGAAUGGUGCCUCUUGUGUUCAGAGAAAGAAUCUGUAUCAAUGUAUUUGCGCUGCAGGAUGGACUGGCAAACUUUGUGAUGUCCAGAUGGUGUCUUGUAAGGAUGCUGCUAACAGGAAAGGUGUUAGUGUUAAACAACUGUGUAACAACGGAAGUUGUGAAGAUUUUGGAAACUCCCAUCGAUGUUAUUGUCAACAAGGCUAUACCGGGUCAUAUUGCCAAAAAGAGAUCAAUGAAUGUGAAUCACAGCCAUGUCAAAACGGUGGCACUUGCCAUGAUUUGAUUGGAGCAUAUGAAUGUAAUUGUCGCAAAGGAUUCCAAGGACAAAACUGUGAACUGAAUGUAGAUGAUUGUAGUCCAAAUCCUUGCCAGAACGGAGGUACUUGCCAUGAUUUGGUGCAUGAUUUUCGUUGUUCCUGUCCACCAGGAACUUUGGGAAUAAUUUGUGAGAUCAAUCAAGAUGAUUGUGUGCAUGGAGCAUGCCACAACAAUGGAUCGUGUAUUGAUCGGGUUGGUGGAUUUGAAUGUGCUUGUCCACCUGGAUUUGUUGGCUCUCGAUGUGAGGGCGAUAUCAAUGAGUGUUUGUCUAAUCCAUGCUCGAAUGCGGGUACUUUGGAUUGCGUACAGUUGGUUAACAACUAUCACUGUAACUGCAAACCGGGUCAUAUGGGACGUCAUUGCGAAACAAAAGUAGAUUUCUGUGCCAAUUCACCUUGUCAGAAUGGUGGUAUCUGUUCUACUAGGCAAAAUGGACACCAUUGUGUCUGCACUGAAGGUUUCUAUGGUCCGAAUUGUGAGUUCUCUGGACACGAUUGUGACUCGAAUCCAUGUCAAGCCGGACGAUGUGUGAUCGAUGACGAUGCUGGUGGCUAUCGAUGUGAGUGUCCAAAAGGCACAAUGGGAAUAAAUUGCCAAAUAGAUAUUUUAGAUGAGUGCAAACCAAAUCCAUGUCAACAGGGUGCAGGAUGUGAAGAUUUGCUAGGAGAUUUUGCCUGCUUUUGCCCUAUGAAGUGGUCGGGGAAAAUAUGUGAUACAUAUGAUCCCAGUUAUCCGGGCUGGGCAGCAGACAAUGAUCGAGUGGGUUUGAGGAAAUACACCAAAGAUUUGGAGUUCCAAAAAGAACUGUGUACAAUCCGCGGAUGUGAACAGAAAAAGGGCAAUCAUGUAUGCGAUCCCGAUUGCAACACGUAUGCUUGUAACUUUGAUGGUAACGAUUGCUCGCUGGGGAUAAAUCCCUGGAUUAAUUGCACAGCGAAUAUAGAGUGUUGGAGGGUCUUUAUGGAUGGUACUUGCAACGAAGAAUGCAAUAACGCCCAAUGUUUGUUCGAUGGACGUGACUGCGAGCGGAAAUUACAACCUUGUAAUCCAAUUUACGAUGCCUAUUGCCAGAAACACUAUGCCAAUGGAUUCUGUGAUUAUGGCUGCAACAAUGAAGAGUGCAACUGGGAUGGCUUGGAUUGCGAAAACGAAACACAACCUCCGAAUCUAGCAGACGGUGCUAUAUCGAUUGUUGUGCUGAUGGACAUUAAGACAUUUACUGAGGGAGCUGUUGAAUUCUUGCGGGAUAUGGGUCACGUCCUGAGAACGACAUUGAGAAUCAAGAAAGACAGUAUGGGAAAUGAUAUGAUUUAUCCAUGGAAGGUUAAAUCUGAAAUUGAAGGUUUGCAAAACACUGCCUUGGGCAGAAAACAUCACGUUAUUCUGACCGAACGCAAAUCUCAAGGCGGAACUCAAGUCUAUUUGGAAAUUGACAAUCGAAAGUGUGAAGAAUGCUUUAGUAAGGCUGCCGAGGCAGCUGAGUUCUUAGCCGCAACGGCAUCGAAACACACUCUUUCGCAGAAAUUCCACAUCUUCAAAGUGCAAGGGGUAAACAAUCCGGGAGAGGAGAUCAUGGACAGUCCAACAAAUGUAAAAUACGUCACACUUGGUAUAAUUUUAGUAGUCUUGUCGUUUGCAUUGUUUGGAGUUCUAGUAACGACUCAAAGGAAGCGCGCUCAUGGAGUGACAUGGUUUCCAGAAGGUUUUCGUACACCAGCGACUGGUCUGAGGCGACACACUCGUCGCAGAGGACCUGACGGCCAAGAAAUGAGAAACUUAAAUAAAAAUCCAUCACUUGUUUGCAUGAGCAACGAUGUUAACAUGAACCAAGGCAACCACAUGGGACAUAUGGGCCAUUCCCAACAAUGGUCGGAUGAUGAGUCUGAAAUGCCACAACCAAAGAGAAUACGUUGUGAGCAAGGCUAUUCAAGCGAUCAUACUGUUGUGACCGACUACGAAGAAGCAGAUUCGAGGGUUUGGUCACAACAGCAUCUGGAGGUUGCCGAUGUUCGGCCCUCGAUAAUGACACCUCCCGCCCAUCAGGAUGGCAAACAUGUCGAUAUUGAUGUUCGCGGGCCAUGCGGAAUGACACCAUUAAUGGUUGCUGCAGUUCGUGGCGGAGGAAUCGACUCUGGCGAGGACAUUGACACUGGAGAUGAUACAACAGCACAGGUUAUAUCCGAUUUGUUGGCACAAGGUGCUGAACUUAAUGCUACCAUGGACAAAACCGGAGAGACUUCAUUACAUCUAGCUGCUCGUUAUGCCAGAGCAGAUGCAGCAAAACGUCUUUUGGAUGCUGGAGCUGAUGCUAACUGCCAAGACAACACAGGACGAACACCAUUGCAUGCGGCUGUAGCCGCCGAUGCGAUGGGAGUCUUCCAAAUUUUACUUCGAAAUCGAGCAACAAAUCUAAAUGCUCGCAUGCACGAUGGCACAACACCACUUAUUCUAGCUGCCAGAUUAGCUAUUGAAGGCAUGGUUGAAGAUCUGAUUACAGCUGACGCAGACAUCAAUGCUGCAGAUAAUUCAGGAAAAACAGCCCUUCAUUGGGCUGCAGCUGUAAACAACACAGAAGCUGUAAAUAUUCUCCUAAUGCAUCAUGCGAAUCGUGAUGCACAAGACGACAAGGAUGAAACACCUCUAUUCCUUGCUGCUCGAGAGGGUUCCUAUGAAGCGUGCAAAGCGCUGCUCGACAAUUUUGCCAAUCGUGAGAUAACCGAUCAUAUGGAUCGAUUACCGCGAGAUGUCGCUAGUGAGCGACUGCACCAUGAUAUUGUUCGGCUAUUGGACGAACAUGUGCCGCGGAGUCCGCAAAUGAUUGCGGUCACACCGAACACAAUGAUCGGCUCUCCGCCGAGCAGUACACAACCCCAAAUGAUAACACAGCCGACAGUGAUUGCAUCGGGCAAGCAGCCGAAAAGCAAAGCAAAGAAGCAAAAGCUUGCUGCCGGAUCACUGACACCAACAUCACCGGAAGGUGAAUUAGGUGGUAGCUUGCGACGUAAGGCAAGUGUUAAGAAGAAUACCGCCAACAAAAAAGGCAAUGUGAAUUUGGGGGGUGUGGUAAAUGCACAAAUGCUAAGCGAUCAACAGUUGUUGGAUGCACAGCUGAGCUCUGUUGAAUCGCCACCGCUAACGAGUCCGUAUGAUACUGCAAGUCUGUAUUCAAACGCUAUGGCCGCCCACCAUCAGGUGGACCUGUUGGGCGGCAACAAACAGCCGCCCAGUUACGAAGAUUGCAUAAAAAAUGCGCAAUCGAUCCAAUCACUGCAAAACAUGAACAACAUGGAGAACUACGGCUAUUCAAUGGGGUCCCCGUUUCAGGAUAUAAUGAAUGCCCAACGCGCGGCGAACGGACACAGCGUACAGAUGGGCGAGCAAGGACUUAGUCCGCCAUACUCGAACCAAUCGCCUCCGCAUUCAGUCCAAAGCAAUAUUGCGCUUUCACCGCAUGCCUAUCUCGGUUCGCCAUCACCAGCAAAAUCACGUCCAAGUCUGCCCACCUCGCCAACGCACAUUCAAGCAAUGCGACACGCUACCCAUCAAAAGCAUGGUCCACCACUGAGUGGGGGAAACCAAGCUAAUCUGGUGGCUCCAAAUAGCAAUUCAUCGUCGUCGGCGUCGAGUUUUCAACAGUCGCCCAGUAGUAUGUCGCAACAAAAUUCACCCGUUAAACUUGGCCUGAUAUCGCCAACUGGCAGUGAUAUGGGUAUGAUGGUGCCACAGCAACAGCAGCAGCAACAACAACAACAACAGAACAGUGCAAUAAUGCAACAAUCUAUGCAGUUAGGGGGCUUAGAAUUCGGUUCAGCUGGCUUGGACUUGAAUGGAUUUUGUGGAUCUCCGGACUCAUUUUCUGGCCAAAUGAAUCCACCAUCAAUACAAAGCACAAAUUCGGGAUCCUCGCCCUCGAAUCUACUGUCGCCCUCAUCGCAACACAAUGCGGCAUUUUACCAGUACCUAACGCCGCCCAGCCAACAUUCUGGUGGACACACCCCGCAGCAUCUCGUCCAGACACUGGAUAGUUAUCCAACGCCUUCACCUGAAUCACCUGGUCAUUGGUCGAGUGCGUCACCUCGGUCCACGUCCGACUGGUCGGAGGGCGUUCAAUCGCCACAAGGACCCAACAACAUGUACAUGACUGCUGGACACCAAGCUAACAAGGGUUCUGAGGCCAUAUACAUCUGACAAUCACAAGCAACAAACUAAAAGAUUCCUCAUAAUUGCCUUUCUUUUCAAAAAUAAUGAUCAACUAGAGUUUAUUUAUGCAUACGAGUAAAUUUUCCCCGAAAAAACCACUAAACUUGCUAUUUUUUAAAAACUUUGAAACAGAUACUUCGACUGUACCCCCUUUUUGCAUGUUACAUAAACAAAUAUUUUAUAUAAUUAUUUAUAUAUAAAUUAAUUUCUUAAGUGUAAGUAAAGUUUAAUUAUAAUAAAAUGAACUAUAAUUAUAUUAUUUGUAAAGUAAAGAAAAAACGAGAAGACAAAAAAAAAAAAUAACGAAUAUAGCAUACAAACACCAUAGGACGUUGAUAUGAUAAUUUCAUUUGUAAAAAGUAUCUCAUCUAAGUUAAAAAUAUUUUAAUAGCGUAAGUGAAUAUAUUUUUUAUAAUUAUAGUUAGUCGGGAAAUAUUUUUCUUGUUACAUUUUCCAGAGAAUUAUUGUUAUAACUACUAAAGAGCAAGUAUAUCCAAACUAUAACAAAACAUACUAUAUCAUCAUUAUAUAUUUUUUUUAAUAGUUUUAAAAGCAAUUUUUUUAUUUUACAACAACAGGUGUCGAAGUCGAACGCACGUUUCAGAGAUUUUUUUAAAAUAAUUUCCUUUUCCUUCUAUAUUCUUGAUUUAAAAAUCAAUUUUUUCAAUUUUAUUAACACAACGAAAUAGAAAGGCAAACAUGACAUUUUAAAAAUAUUACUAUGUAAUAAUAUUACAUAAUGGAAUCUCUGUAAUUUAAAAUUAGUUGUAAAAUUAGUGUUGAAUUUUAUUUUAAAUAAUUAGCAUGUAAAAAAAAAUUAAAAUUAAAAAUUUAUAAGAACAUUUAUGCUUAUAGUAAAAAAAAUAAUUAAAAAACAUCUUCUACAAGUAAAAAUGCAUUAAAUUAGUAAUAAAAAAAAGAAUAUUAUCGUAUUUAAAAAUGUUUGCCUGUUUCAAAUUUAUUUUAUUAUUUUUUUUUUUUUUUUAUUUUAUUUAGGAAAAGCUUUAAUUUAAAUAAAUUAAAAACAAACACAUUUUAUCUUGUAUAACUGAGAGAUCCCGUCGACUUUAUUUAAGCAAACGAAACGUAAAAAGACACAAUCCUUUUUUUUGUAAUUUUAAUUUAGAAAAAAGAUUUUAAAAAAAGUAAACUUGUUAAAAAUUUAUAAUUAUGUAGUUGAAGAAAAAAAAAAUAAUUAAAAAAAAGACAUUUAUAUCAAAUGGUAGGCAUUUAUAGAAAAGUAAUUAAAAAAA